AUGGAGACCCUGAACGAGUCCUACCUGGCGGACGGCGAAAAUCGCUGCUCCCAGAUGUUAAAAUUGCUGGAGGACCCCGAGUUGGCGUCUCCGAUUCUGAGCAGAAGCGCGUCACGGUCGGGGUCGGGGAUCCUGGAGUCGGCGCAGCCGUUGCUGAGCAACACGAGUCGACGCCAUUCCCGGCUUCUGCUGCCGAUCUUGGACAAGCAUACGCGAGGCAACGACAGCCCGACGGAUCUGAAAAGAUUACCCUCGGGUGUUUACGCCUGGCAACAGCCCAUCGAGAUCAUCUGGGUGAGUGUCCAGUCUCCUGAAGCUCUAGUUUUCGCUUGCCUGGUUGGUUUAGCACUGGCACUUUGGCGACUGCAUCCCACUGCGGAGCUGGACGGCUAUUCUUACUUCACCAUGUUCGUAACCCUGGAGGCACUGUACCUGCUUCUGAAGCAGUAUCAAGCAGACGUGGUUCUGAUCAGCUCCACUCUGCUGCUGAGGCUUGUUGGUGCCUUGGACAACGACCGCGACGCCUGGG